UCCUCAUUUACAAUUAAUCAUUUUCGUCGUAAUAAAUUCACGGGAAGUGUUCAGCAUUAAAUAAAAUCAUUUGCAGACUUUGUUACUUCCGAUUCAAAAGUAUCUUUUUUAAAAUACUUUUUUUAAGAAAAUUUAUCAAAAAAAUGCAAGAGUUGCUGUAAUUGUUUAACGCAGAAACAGCGAUGGAUUUAGAUUUCUUAUAUGCCGUUAUGUUUUCUUUAUUUUCUGCAAGCCGGGGAACUUACGAUUACGAGCCUCUUAUUGCAGGAUGUGUUAGUUACAAGACAGUUUUCGUACCAGUGAAAUCAACAGCAAUAUUUCAAACAUUUUCUUCCUGCUCCGUUUCAAUAAAAUUUAUCAAAAUAUACCCUACAUAUCAAAGACUGUUUAAGUUUGAAGUUUCAAGUAAUGAAAGUGAAUGCAAAUUAAAUAUAUAUGACUAUUUGUUAGAGGACAGGGUAAAUAUCAGUGUGUUACAAGUUAAUAACAAUAAAUCAGAGGUCAAGAUUGAACUAAAGGAUGUCAAUAUGAACGAUAAUGGAACAUACAUGUUACUUGGCAGUGCACAAGAAUGUUUUGUCUUAUUUAUUAUGAAAAUUGAACAGGAGCCUGGCAGAGCUUUGGAAGAAAAUGAGCCAGUGAAAAUACAUGCGCACCCACUAGAAUCUGUUAUCAAGCGUUCUAAAAGUAACGCAACAAUUGUUUGGUUGUUAAACGAAAUUUCUAUCGAUCAUUCAGCGUACUUCAUCAAACAAGACGGAUAUUUGUGGAUAUCUCAAGUUAAAAAAGAGUUUAAUGGAAAAAGUGUUACGUACCGUGUUAUUCAAGAUGGCACUAUCAUAGAUGUCAGUUAUAUGUUGAAUGUCAGAUAUGGACCAAGUUUCCCUCUAACCCUAACACCAGAAAUCACACAUUACAAUCUUGUUAGUGGUGAUGUGAUGCCGGAUAUUAUAUGUACAGCUGAGUGUAAUCCGCCAUGUCAUAUUUCCUGGGGAAAGUCAAACUCUGGCGGACUAUUGAGUUUGGAUACCGUUACAACAGGCGACAGUGGGGAAUAUACAUGUAUUGCUACAAGGGCAGGUGGGCAGACUAUAGAGCGGACUAUAACUGUAUUUGUUUCUGACGAUUCAUCAUUGGCCAUAGAAGUGUUAACUUAUAUAGUAACGAUACAAGUAAUUGUUACGUUAGGGCUUGCUCUCUGUGUGGUCUUCAUAUGUAAGAGAGGACGAGUUGUAUCUUGUUGUUUUGAUAAGACAAAGAACCCAUCACAGAAUGCACCAGGCACUUGCACAAAUUCUACAACAAUAUGGCUAUGAAAGAAAUAAGCGUUUUGGGAACAUCGAGAGGUAGACAAAGCAAAUAAAACAGCACGUUACAAGAUAUUUACAAUAAUUCUUUGGACAUAUAAGUAUAUCAAUCUGCAAAAAGGCUUAACAACAAGUUCUACAAUAAGAGACCGUCCCUGUGUUUAGAAAUGUAUCAUUGCAAUAUCUGGAAAAAGUUGUUCUUCGGAAUCAUUAAAAUCAGCAAAAUAACAAGAAAAUUGCCGGCUCGGUUUGAUUGUGAUAAGUAUCAACACUUUGAAAAGUUCGGUGAUAGGAACAGAAGAGAACAGAACAGAACUUUUAUUUCUUUGAUUUGUAUAUAGUACAUCAUUAUAUACAGCUUAUAAUUUCAGAGUAACAAAUACAUUUCUGUACGAUCAAUCAUUGCAAUAAUAUAUAUAUAUAUAUACACACACUAACAAAUCUUUUAAGUGUGCAUGUAUAAAUGGUUUAAUAUGCGUGUUAUUUUUUGUAUGAUCAUCCUGAAAUUUUCAUCAAAUAGCGUUGAGAGAUAUGAUAUUCCAUUUAUUAAAUUUCAUCAGAAACACAUAAUUAAUGAACAUGCCCAAUAAAUGUGAUAAUGCGUUAUAAGCCAAUGUCACAAAAAAUGAUCAUUAAAAAUUAUUAAAAUAUCGUUUGCCCACUUGGACUGUUAAUUUCAUCAUGGCAGCGUUGUCGCAUUGAUUUGACCUAAUCUUUUUCUGUAAUAUUUAGUUAGAUUUAUUCCAUUUUGGACAAUUUUCGCAUAUUCGUAGGCGAUAGUUUGUGGCACAGUUCCAAAACGUCUUAAGGGGCAGUUCAUUUCACUCACAUUUCCGUAUAGCUUCUAUCACAUUUAAGCCUAGAUAUUUUGGUCAUAUUCCAUUACGUAAAUGUUGUUAAUAAAUUUUCAGAAAGAUAGUUGGCGCCCUUGACCUGAGUUUGUAAGAUAUCCUGAAGAAACUGCAAUCAUAUGUUGUUCUUUAGACAUAAAUAAAAUAUUAGUUUGAAGCU